UGUUUUGGUUGGAAAUGAUCAGUCGUCCUCUGUGUUAACCUGUCUGUUGGUCGCCCUUCAGCACAGAACGAGUGCUCUUCUCGUCAUAAAGAGAUACUAAUUUAAACCAUGGCAGGGACAAUUGCACGGAAAGCUAUCGACCACCUGAAGAGCAAAGAGUUCAGGGAUUAUUUGAUGAGCACGCAUUUCUGGGGUCCAGUUGCAAACUGGGGUCUUCCUAUAGCAGCCAUCACAGAUAUGAAGAAGAGCCCUGAGAUUAUCAGUGGCAGGAUGACCUUCGCUCUUAGCUGCUAUUCACUGCUCUUCAUGAGGUUCGCCUACAAGGUCCAGCCACGCAACUGGCUGCUCUUUGCUUGCCAUUUGACCAAUGAGUCAGCACAACUAAUCCAGGGAAGUCGUCUCAUAAAAUACAAAAUGGAGAAGAAGAUGGAAUCUUAGUGGCAGAGUGAAGCAGAUGCAGAACGUUCACUGCAGGGCGGCACCAUGCUGCUUCAACGGACGCCUAAACAUGGGCAUCCAAAACCCAUGCAUCUAAACAUCUUAUCUAGUCAUUGAAACUAUGGCACUUUCACCAUUUUAAUCUGAUGUUACCACGAUUGAUCAUCUUCAUAAGAUUUUUGGUCUCUUUUUAUGACACAGUCAAAAAAAAUCAGAUGCUUUCCUCCAAGAAUUAAGGUCAACAGCUGUGUUAUUUUUAGAUUUUUUACAAUAUUAAACAUGACACAAAAAUAUGAUGAGGGUGAAUGUACACUCAGUUAAGCAGCCUGACAGUUAGAUGCCUUGCACACUGGAUCCACCAGCUGUUGCACACUUUAAAACUAGUCUGAAGCAUCAUUAUUCACCAGAUUAUCUCAUUUCAGGCCAUUUCAGCAUUGAGAUUUUUAUUAUUUUCUUACUUGUUUAGCAAUUGGAAUAUUAAGUGUAUUUCAUAGAGAGCUUACACAUAAUCUGAGUUCAGUUUAUGUAGCUAUGUCCAAAUUGUCACUGGCUUUGCAUAUGGACUUUCGUUCAUUAACCCUUGCUUAAACACAGAGGACACAGAUAGAUAAACCUUUGCUUGGUAUGUCCUGAGCUAAAAAUGAUCCUGUACACUGAACUCAGUGUAUGAAAUUCCAAUUUGGCACAUUUUGUUUCAAUAUAACUAAUAAUGGUAAUUCAAACAAAUGUGUAAAUCAUACAGAAUUACUGCAUCUUUUACUGUGGUAAAGCUGACUGUCUAGGUUACAAACCUCCAUGACUGGACAAGGCAAGCUGCUUCUGUCAGUGCUGACCAAACAUACUGUUGUUGUUGUCAUAUGUCAUUCACAUUAAUUUAUUAUCAUUGUAUAAUACACAUCAUUUUUCCCUGAUUAAUGAUCUGAUUCUCUGGGUUUGUUAAAAUAAAGUAGCUUAUGACCAACUUGA